CGCGAGGCCGUUGUCCGCUCACAAUAUGGCUAAAAGUGGCUCUGGAAGUGUAGAUAUUCCACUUUCUGUGGGCAGAGUCCAAAAAAAAGUUCAAGGAAAUUGCUUUGUGACGAUUGGGAGUGCAUCUGUCAUAAACUAUCCUUCGUUGCAAAGGGAAACUCUGCCAGAAGCGUGUCAGAAGGCUGUAUCGCUAGAUCCAAAAAUAUACAAAACAGCUGUAGCCACAACCAGCGAGGUAGUUUGUAAAGCUGAUUUAACCUCCGGCACACCUUGGAGGGUGGAAUUCUUACCUGACAAGUGGUAUAAACGCGACACUGAAAAAUUCAGCCUUGACGGUGUUGAGUUCAUGGAAUUGCAUCUUGCCAAUGAAGCAUCAAGUCUCACGUUAUUUCCGUUGGAAUCAUUGCACAAGCAAACACGGUUUCAUAUAUUCAAUGAUAAUUUGUCACCAGAUCGAUCCCAAUCAUGCUAUCAAGCGCAAAGUGAAGCUGAUGGGCAUGAGGUGAAAGUUUUGGCUAACACCAAGAUUGAGCUUAUUUGCUAUGUCGUGGUAGAAGACGUCACAACAGGAAAGUUUCAAACUGCAUGUUACGUCCUUGCUAUAGACGAGCUUGGUUCGUUCUACCUUCACCCUCAUGGCAACAAAGCUAAACUGAAAAAGUUUGACGACUUCCAGCCAACAGAGAGACCAAAGGGCUCGGUCAUCUUAAACAAAGACGGAGACGUCGUUGGAUUUUUAGCGUUCGGCGAUACAGAUGAGAUCCGUCCAUUGUUUUUACCAGAAUACCUCAGAGAUUACGACGUUCCGAGACAGGGUUUUUCAACUGAGGCUACCCAUAACCCUGGGGACGAUAAUCAAAACAAGACCAAAGAGAAUCUCAUGUUACAACACACCAUAAUAAAUAAGCAAAUUGAUGGAAAUCAACGUAAACCACAGGAGAUGUCUUACACGUCCCACAAGAGAGAUUUCAUCCAGAGGUCUGUCAGUGAGCAGUUGACACCUAGGACACGAAGGAGGCUCUUAAACAGCCAGAGUGUGUUGCCACUAAUUCCUCUCAAAGAAGAAACACUGGUUGGAAAAACAAUGUUAGAGGGUCAAGUCUCUCUAAGAGAAAAACUCUCUUAUUUCUUGGAUACAUCUAUCAAGCGUGUUCAAAACUGGAGGCACUUGGCUGAGCUUCAUGGAAUUUCCACUGACCUGUCACAGGAACGCCUCUCUAAGUCUGAAGCACUGUUUGAAGUUGUAGGAUCACGCAACCCAAACCUCCCGAUUGGAGAUGUGAAACAACACCUAAGUGAUCUGAAAAUAAUUGAAGUGAGGGAUUACUUAAAAAGCCAUCAUGAUGGAAUCAAGAUUAAAGACUUUUUACAAAGUCAGGAUCCAAUCACCCUAAGCAGAGUUUUUCUCAAGCUUGACCAUCUCCCAGAUGGAAAAUGGCAAAGUCUGGGGCUCAAGUUGGGUGUGGAGCAUGAAGGCCUAGAGCAGAUAAAGAUUGAUUGUGCAAACCAGAACGAAAAUCCAGCUCAUGUGGUGAUAGAGUACAUUUAUCGAAGGUACCCAACGAUGUCCAUGGGAAAAUUCAAGAAAUAUUUAACAGAUAUUAAUAGAAAUGAUGUGAAGGACAAGCUGAAUGAAAUGAAAGAUACACUGACGAUUAAGGAUCUGUUCGAUGAUUUGGACUUGAUGCGAGUGAUAACAAGCAUGUUGAAUGGGCCUAACGAUUCACAAAUUAAGAACUACAGGGAUUUAGCUGAUGCGUGCCAAAUAUCCAGCGAAUUGUACCAGAGCCUUCAGCCACCCUGUCCCGAAAGCCCCACUACAUUAGUGUUGGAAGAAAUCGUAAGACAGAAGCCAACUUUCACCAUGUAUCAGCUCUUCGCGAAUUUGCGUGACAUGAAUCGUGUAGAAGCCAUUCAGGGUCUUUCCUGCUAUUUUGUGGAGGAGGACAUGCUGGCGAUGAAAAGAAAACUACAGAUUGACGAUGAAUAGAAUCUAAAGUUACAUAUUUUUAUCACCUUAGGAGGAAGGCAGAGGACUGCAAACUUCGCUGCAAACCGCUAAAAAAAAAAGCAAAACAAAGCAAAAAAAAAAAAAAAGCAAAAAAAAAAAAUCACCCAAUUUUAAACGACAUCGACUCAAAACGUUCCUCAACUAGUUGCUUUCAAGGUCAUAAUUUGCAUCAUUAAGGAACGAGCUUUGUGUACGCUUUAGCUAUAACAUUUUUUUCCCUUUCGAUGAAUUUAUUUUAAUUUCCCCAGUUUAGAGGGGAAAAUUUAUAAAUAAAGAGGUACGAUUGUCCUUACCUCUUGAAAGAGCACGUUGAUUUACAUUUUUUUUUUAUUGCAUAAUUUUGGCGCUUACUUGUCUGAGUACGUGAUUGUUAUACAGAUUGAUUGCAGUACAGGAUGCAGUGAUUACAGGAUUACAGUGAUUGCAGUACAGGAUGCGCAGUGCAAUACUGAAAAAUCACCUCAAAAUUGAUGUGAAGCCUUCGUUUGCCACAUUUUAAUUUUUGGUGAUUCCCCAUAGCCUUACCGCAACAGGAGUUGCUUGGACUGAGUAUGGGGGAAUGCCUUUUUGUUCUUGAACCGAUGGCUUUGUAAUACUUUGUAAAAUAUCAUGAAAUUUCAAACAAUUAAAUGCAUCGUGAUACUGUUA